AUGUAUCAUUAUACAGUCAAACCGUGUCGCCAUACAAUUUGUACUGAUUGUCUAUAUGACGCAGUUCUAAAAAAAGUUGAAUCACAACAAGAUAUAUUUAUCUGUCCGCGAUGUCCUGCUUUCGAUACACAUGACGAUCAUCAUUCCGUGCCUGCGGAACAAAAAUGUACUAUCCCACAAACCGCACCAUCAUCUAUUACUCAAGAUCAAACUACGUCUGCUUUCGCAUGGCCCGAUGGUACUGAAUCGUGGCAUCUUCAUGAAAUCCGAUCGCAACGGGAGUCAUUUGUCAACAAAAUCGAUCCAGAACCGUUGAUCAUUACACCAGAAACUUCAGUAGAAAGAGAAAAUCAAUCGGUCGAGCGUGUCCAACAAUUGGAUCAGGAUUUAUCUGAACCUGCAUCAAAGAUUGAUCCAAUAUCGAUUCUACCUAAUCAACCAACAAUAAAUUCACCUGAUGUACUUAAUGUCGAUACUCGUCUGCAAGAGCCUCCUCGAUCACCCGAAACUCAGCGUAUUUCGAAUGUUUUACACCCCAAACAGCAAGACGAAUGUGCACUAACAUUGAAUGAUCUCGUAGACGGUUCAUUACUUCCCUCGUAUUUUAUAUCGAAACUACAGUCACGAGAUCAAUUCCUCAAUCGGUUAUUACGGCUGCUCGAUCUACGUUUCGUUUUCCUGUUGUCGCUUUUAUUUAUAGUGGUAAUACGUUUCGGCAUUGCCUAUCACUCAACUAAUCGGUUUGACGAAGUUGCCAUACAAUCUUCAAUUUUCGCAUCGAUAUUCAUACUUAUGACUACGUAUUCUCAACAUCAUCUCACAAAGUCGAAAACACACAUUACAACGAUAGAAAUUCUUCGAAAUUUGGAAUCUCUUUUAAUGUAUGAUAUUACAUGA